GAGAGGAGGAGGCUGCUGCACCCUGAGGCCUUCGUGGACCAGCAACUCGUGAUUCUCCAUUUCACCAGCAUUGAACCACACAGAAGUGCACUGGUUCCAGAAAUCUGUCAGUGCGUUUUCACUGAAAUUCUGUGCAAGUUCAUGAUCUUUGUAUCCUAUGGUAUAGUAUUGGCGUAUAAGGGACAACUGCUGCAUUCAGCCACGGACUCCUCUCUCCUGGACUUUGCAAAAGGAGAAAUUACAUGUUUUGCUAUAUAGUCCUUCUUAUAGUAAAGAAUUUGAGUGAUAUUUAGAACAUCCUUUCCUCCGGUGAAGUUAAAGAAGAGCUGCCAUAUUUUCAAGAAGCUGUAUGGGUGAAUUUUUUCUCAGUUGGCAAGUUAUUCUAUCCAAGGACAGUGACUGAGUGGCAAGUUAUUCUAUCCAAGGACAGUGACUGAGUGGCAAGUUAUUCUAUCCAAGGACGGUGUCUGAAUGUGUACAGGUUCAUAGUAAAGUGCCCUAGACUCGGUUUAUUUAUGAUGAUGGAUGAAAGGGACCCAUCUACGCUGUUGGACCUUGCUAUACAGAGUUUACUGAGCAAUGAACCUGUUGCAAUUCAUUCCCUCGGGGAGAUCCCCCGGGAGCUUUUUGUUCCAUUGUUCUCUGCUGCCUUCAUGGGAGGAUAUAGGAAGACACUGACAGAAAUGGUGAAGGUUUGGCCCUUUACCUGUCUCCACAUUGGAACAUUGAGUGUACAGGAACCUCAACGAGAACUCCUGAAAGCCAUGGUUGAGAGUCUUCAGUUCCUACCUGUCCAAAACUCGGCUGCUAGGAGCCCUAAACUGAGGAUCCUGGAUGUAAGGCAGGGUGUUGACUGCAGGACAACAUGCCCUGAAUUUGGAAUCAGAUCGCCUACUUGUUUUCAUGGCUGUACUCACUCUGUACACUCUAUUAUGAAGUUAGAAAGCCAGUGCAGCAUUGUCAACUCAAAGCCUAAGAGUCAAUCCUCAAGGCAGCCUAUGGAAAUACUAGUGGACCUAUCCCUCGAUGGCACCUUGAGAGAAAGGGAAUUUUUUGCUUUGCUUCUGAAUAAAGUUGAACAGAGCUCAGGGUCAUUACACCUCUGCUGUCGAGACUUGCAAAUUGAUAAAUUUUCCUAUGCCAGAAACACUCUGAAGUUUUUAGAUCUGACAUGCAUUCAUAACCUGGCAGUUGAUCAGGCUUCACUGAGUGAAGUUACCACCAUUCUAGCUCACAUGAUCUAUCUGGAUAGCCUCAGUCUGUCUAAAAUCACUUUUAGGUCUUUGCAUGGGAAAGUCUUCCAAAUGUUUCUCAACUGUCUUAGGCAGAUGAACUGCCUGAAAGAGUUCAACUUGUCUUCCUUCAGCCUCACGGAUCAUCUGGCCAGCCUACUCAGAGCCUUACCACCUAAUUUGGACUUCUUGUAUCUGCCAUUCUGUGAAAUUUCUUACAGAGACCUCAAAUUUCUGUCCCAGAGCCCUCAGGCCACCCACCUCAAGCUGUUGAAUCUUAGUAACAACCCAAUGUAUUGGGAUGAUUGUGGGCCUUUUCAGAUUCUUUUACAGAAACUCUCAGACACCUUGCAGCAUUUGGCUAUAAAUCAUUGCCAUUUAACAGAUGCUACACUCUCUGCAAUCCUUCCAGCCCUAAGUAAGUGUUCCCAUCUCCGUGUGAUUAGCUUUGUCUCUAACCCCAUUUCGAUGCCUAUGCUUAUGAGAAUCCUUCACUACUUAACACCUUUGAUGGAGUUGAAAUACGUGAUUUACCCUAUUCCUGUGCAUUGCUAUGAACAAUGGCGUUUUCAUGGCAGCUUAGACCGACAGAAGCUUGCUGAUGUCCAAGCACAACUGAAGGCAAUGCUACAGACGGCAAAGCGAAGUGACAUGAACUGGAUCACUUAUUCUCAGUAAAGUCAACUAAGUUUCAACCCAAUAUGUGACCUGUUAAACAUUCAAUGUUCAUUUCUGGAGCUCCUAGAAUCAUGUGUAAGAUCUUUAUGUUACAGAAAACUAUAGUUAGGAAAUAUGGACAUGUAACUGAUAGCUGUGAAGCAGUAACUCCAAGACAAAAAUAGACAACUUUGAGAGUG